UAAACAAACAACCUUCUUUUUGUGUGUCUUCUCUCUUGUAUAUUUCUUUGGCUUUCCAUUUCUAAAAUCUUGAAUAAUCUUCUUGAUUUUUUUCUACUGCAACCAUUUUGAUUUCAUCAAUUCUUACAACUUUAAGUUAAUCUAGGGUUAGAAAAAGGUUGUUAGCAUCGAUCAGUUGUUCUAAUCUGAGUUCUUGGCAUGUAAAUCUACUAGGGUUUUUUUUUUUUUUUUUCUUUUUUUAAUAAGGAUUUUUAUUGUAAUUUGGAAGGGCUUUUUCUCACUCUGGGGGGUUCUUGCUAUUUUUUUUAUUUUUCUGGUAAUUAAUUUGAAUUCCCGCCGUUAUUUAUUAAUUUGUCAUAAGGGUUUCAUUUAUUCAAUAUAUACACAAAUAAUUUUUUUUGAGAAAAAAAAAAUAAUGGUGAGAGGGAAGGUGGAAAUGAAGAGAAUCGAAAACGCGACGAGCAGGCAAGUGACGUUUUCGAAGAGGAGAAACGGGAUUUUCAAGAAAGCUUAUGAGCUCUCAGUUCUUUGUGAUGCUGAAGUUGCUCUUAUUCUCUUCUCUCAGAAAGGAAGACUUUAUCAAUUUUCUAGCUCCGACAUGCAGAAGACAAUAGAGAAAUACUUACAACGUGCCAAAGACGAUAAUCGGAGUACUGAAGUUCAACAACACACACAGCAUUUACAGUACGAAGCAGCGAUUAUGGCAAGUAAAAUAGAGCUACUAGAGAAUUCGCAACGUAAGCUUUUAGGGCACAAUCUUGUUGUGUGUUCCAUAGAGGAGCUUCAAGAAAUUGACAACCAGCUUGAGAGAAGCAUUAAUAACAUCAGAGCCAAAAAGUCUCAAUUAUUCAAGGAGGAAAUCGAAAAGUUGCGAGUCAAGGAAAAGAUUCUGUUGGAAGAAAAUGCAAGGUUAAGUGAAAAGUUUCAGUUUGGAUUCAGACCAAAGAAUACAGCACAAAAACAGAAAGAAAUAACGAUUGAAAGCCAUAGUACUACUGCAAUGGAGUCGGAGGUGGUGACUGAAUUAUUCAUUGGCCUACCAACAUCAAGAAAUGCCUCUUAGCCUAUUUUUUUAUUUGUUAAUUUUCCUUUAUAUAUUAUUACUAUAAUAUUAAUAUUUUUAAUUUAUAGUUGGACAUCAAUAAUAAGCAUGCAAAUGUAUAUGUGUGUGCUUUUUCAAACAAAAAAAAAGUGAUGUCAUAAUUACUGUUAAAAUCUCCACAUGAUGGUGUUAAUUUGGAAUUAUAUAGUUGUGU